GUCAGCUGUGGUUGUGUGUGAAUGACUGGGAGUGGAUGGGUUGGGACACACCGGUGCAAGGUGGAGGAAAGAUUGUAAAACAGUUAUUUACUUAGAAGGUUGUGAUUAUUGUGAAGUUUAUGAUAGGCAAAAUGGGGAGACAGAUGUGACAUUUUAGCGAUGAGCGCCAAAAAAACUGUGGAGAAAACUAGCUAGCUGUACCGUAAUGGAAAAAUGAAGAGGCUGAAAUGCAGGUGAUGCUGACUGCUCCGCCCUGUGGUGAGGUUAGCUAGCUUUCGCAGCUAACGCUAUUACUGAUAGAGAGAAAGAGGACGGUGGAACUAGGCACAGCUUACUUUAUCGCCGUGUGACCUAAUUACUGGACUUUUAUACGUUUAUUCUGUCUAAGGAACAAUGCAGCAAAUUGGAUGUGUUCCGUUGCUUUCAUAAUUAUUAUCUUGUCCAUUAAGAUCGCAUGGAAGUGCCCGUGUAGCUACAGCGAGUACAGUAUGUGCUGGAUUGUUUAGCGAGUUAACGGUAACGGUAGCGAGUAAGUACGUUGUUCGAGGCUGUUUUUUAUGUAGAUAGCCGAAAACGGUCGGAUUGUGGACAACAAACUCUGGCCUCCCAGGAUGAGCUGCCUUUUGCAAACGGCUUGUUAGCUGGGUAGCGAUCUUGCAGAACUGAAGCGCAUAUAACAACCGUACUUCUCUGUGGCUGGUCAGCUAACCGCUAGCCUCUGUGCAAGGAACUACUGCAACUCUUCUCCUUGGCUUCUGUGAUGUGAUGAGCACGAUUGUCUGCAAAUACUUUAUUGAGCUCCAGAUCUGAGCCCACCCAUGACCCUGCUGGAGGCUCAUGGAUGAGAAGGCCUUUACCAAGUCCACCAUGGUCUCCAGGCUGCCCAAAUUCGGGGCCCGUCCCCAGGGCGGGGCCAUCGCCGUGGCAAACGAGCCGGUCCAGUCUGGCCCUGCGCCUGAGGGAAAGAGCGCCCCCCAGGGGGGGCAGAACGGGAUCCUCCGCCUGCCUUCCUUCUCCAUGAGGUGGAGGAAAGAGAAUGGGGGUCUCGCUGCCCCGCCCGCCCAUGAUGAACAAGCGGGGCUGGGCAAUGAUGGCUCCGCCCCCCAUUGCCAACGGCAACAGUUACCGACAACGAGGGAGAUCAAAAAACCCUCAGCCCCCACAAUCAAGGCAGGGAGGUUUGCCUCCUCCACAACCCCUGCCAGCUCCAAGCCUGUUAGCCAGAUCCCCAAAGUCUCUCCCCCUCGAGUGGGCCUCAAACCGGGACCAAACCCCCCCUCUGGCUCCUCCAAGCCGGCGCUGAAUGGGCUGGGCGGGGGUGGGGCCGGGGCCGGGGCCGGGGGUGGGGCCGGCGGGCGGUUCGGCUCGGGUCUGCCCCGCCCCCGGGCAGGUUCCGGCUCCACCCCCACCCCCAGCAGCUCUCGGGACAGCCUGUCCCGGUCCCAGGAUAGCCUGAAGACCCUGCCGCUGGACAACAUGGUGCGCUCGCAGAGUUUGACGCUGGUCAGGCAGCUGCCGUCCCCCACGGGCCUGCCCAUCCCCCGCUCCUUCUCCUUUAACAGGGCGGUGGAGCUGGCCAAGCCGCUGGCCGACACCCAGCUGCGCACCAAAACUCCCGUCCUCAAGCACCCGCUGCUGCCGGGCGCGGGCAGGCCGGGCGUGGCCCCCGGCUGCUCCACCCCCCCCACGCCCAUAAAGAAGCUGCUCAUGCCCAACUGCGUCCUGAGCAAGCCCUCGUUGCUAGGUUACAGACUGAGCCGGCCAACUCUGGCCAAGCUGCCCCGCCCACUCGCCCCAGGACAGCCACCGGGUGGCCCGAAGGUGGGACAGGGGGGCGGAGACUCCUCUGUGGUGUCGCCCAUCAGGUCUGAUCCUCUGGGCAUCAGCGAGAGGGUCCAGGGGGAUCUGGGGCCCGUUGCCAUGGUGACAGGCCCUGCCCCUUUGCGGUGCCUGGGGGAGGGGCUUGAGGACAUGUCCCUCUCCUCUGCCUCCUCGCUGGACAGGAACGACACCAGUGAGGACUUCCUGGACGACUUCGACAACCUGGGCGACGGGAUGCUGUUGCUCUCCGCCCACAACGGGGAGGAGCCAUCCAGGCCACACCCCCAGGGCGAUGACAUUGUUCCUGACAAUAGACGGCAGGGUACACCCACCCAGAUGCCCCUGGACGAGUUUCUGCCGGACGAUGUGGACUGGGUGGGGAUUAGUCUGUCAGGCUGCAGGGAUGACCCAGGCCCUUUGGCCCUGUCACCGGAGGUGGACUUCCCCCAUGGCUCCUCCCUGGAGCUCUCCCCAUCCAACAGUUCGGGGGGCACCUACAUGUGGGACGAGGAGGGCCUGGAGCCCCUGUGCUGCACCCACCCCUGUGGGAGCUACGACUCGGACAUCAACAGCACGGACAUUCUGGACCACCUGAAGUCAUGUGACCUAGAAGAUGAUGACCUCAUGUUAGAUGUGGAUCUGACGGAAGACGUCUCACUGCAAAGUGACCCUGACGGGAUGUCCCAUUUUGAGAAUUCGGAGAGGGGUGGAAGGCAGGGCCACUGGAGGAGGAGACAGCAUCGCUGGUCCGGACCGGACCACUUCCACAAUGACAACAGAAGAGCCCUUCUCCAGCUGGGCCGCGUGGGCCCUGCAGCGAGGCCGGAUGGCCACAUGGGGGCGCUGGACCAGGUGACCCUCAGACUCAUGGCUCAGGACUGCACCUCCGUUAAAUCCCAGCUACUCAAACUGAAGAGCCUGCUGCAGUUAGAGGACGUGGGCGUGGGGCAGGAGGAGCUGCUUUCAGGAGUCCCGAGUCCAGAAUCCAGCGAGGGCACAAACACGUCCUUACAGCAGGUGGAGGAGCUGACCAGGGAGGUGCAGGAGCUGAGGGAGGAGCUGAAGAGGAAGGACAAAGCCAUCGCUCAGCUGACCCAGCAGGCGUCUGUGCCCGUCCAUGCCGUGAGGUGCCAGUGCCAGCAGAGGGCGCCAGUGUCCAGGGGAGAGCGGAGACUGCAUCAUGACAAGGCCACACAGACUCCGUGGAGAGGCCAUGCUCCUCAAAUACUACAGCCUGCCAAGCACUGCCCCAGCGAUCCCCACACCCCGCAAAGACUAGCAAGCUCAGCCCCCUCAGAGGACCGCUGUGAGCCCGCCUCCAUCGCCCGUGACAACACCCCGCCCCGGGGCCGGCCACGCCCUCAGCCCAGACCCGACGCCUCGCCAGCUGGGCGGGCGGAAGCCGAGAACCUGCUCCAGGGGCCGCACCUCAAAACUGGAGAAACGGGGGGCCCCCCCGGGGCCUCAGGGGCCCGGCUCUCGCUCGCUGCAGCCCGCAGCAUCUCAGCAGAGCGUGGUUCCCCCUCCCGCGUCCCGUGGACCCCCCGCCUCCACAGGAGGGCUCCUCUCCGCGCCCCACCACCAGAGGGCGCCGGAGUAACCCGGGGCAGGUCGGAGGGUAGGGGUGAAGAGCCCAAAACUCUGCCUCCUCCCUCCAGGGGUCUGCCCUGCUUCAGCCCCUCCCUGCCCCGUGCCCGAUUCGGACAAGUUCCAUCCCAAACGCACCCGGAAGGUUCCAGAGAAUCCCAGUGCUGUCUGCCCAACACCAGAGGUUUAGUUACCCCGAGCCACUUGCGUCUUCCCACACCAAAGAUCCCCUGAUGCUCACGCGCACACACACGCACACACACGCACACACAUGCACACACACACGCACAAACUCACACACACACAAACACCCACACACAGACACACACACACAUGCCAUUUGUGUGAAGGGUGCUGGUCGGGUUGGAUUUAGAGCACCUGUCCCAGGUGGGUUGCAGAGAGCACAUGUGGUCACCGGACACAGCCAAUCAGCAGCUAAGCAGUGUAGCUUAACACUAUUUCUGUUUAAAUACAGCUGAGCACGGUAGAUUAACACUGUUUCAGUUUAAAUAACAGCUGAGCACGGUAGAUUAACACUGUUUCAGUUUAAAUCCCACUCUGCUCUGCAUUCACUUCACAGCCAGGCUUUUGACCUGUGAGUCACAGGCGGGGGUUCCUCCCUGUCGACGUCUCAUACAGAAGCAACCCUAACCCCUGUGCAAACACAGGAGCUGUAAGAAAUUGAAUUUACUCUGGCGGAGAACGCAGGUUGUCGCUCUCUUCCUGAGACUGAAGAGUUUUGGAAGAAAUGGCUAGAUAAGACCGCGGGUGUCACGAGGGGAUUCAGAGUGGUGAAAGAGCUCCCAGCAGGGUGUUUGAUUUGCACACAAAUGAGUCCUUAAUCCAGGGCUGCGGAGAGAAGAGGCGCGGGCCUCUCUCUGGCUUUCCGUUUUAAGCCCCUCCCUGGGCCCUGUCGCUCCACAGCGUCAGACCUGCCAGGCAGCCUCUCGCCGCGCUCAAGUGUGUCCCACCUGGCAACCCUGCCGUCGGAGCGCUGGCGUCCUCCUGGAGGAGACAGCGGUGCAGACUCCCCGUGAGGAGCGCGAUGGCGUCCUCCUGGAGGGGACAGCGGUGCAGACUCCCCGUGAGGAGCGCGAUGGCGUCCUCCUGGAGGGGACAGCGGUGCAGACUCCCCGUGAGGAGCGCGAUGGCGUCCUCCUGGAGGGGACAGCGGUGCAGACUCCCCGUGAGGAGCGCGAUGGCGUCCUCCUGGAGGGGACAGCGGUGCAGACUCCCCGCGACGAGCGCGAUGGCGACUCGCGCCCUCCCUCGCUCGCUCGCCCGAGCGGGACGUCCUGUUCCUCUGUACCACCACGAGACCACGCGCUCCCACACCACAGCCCCUCUGAGGCCAGAGAGCCAGAGAACAGGCCCUGGAAAACACACCUGUCCCAGGUGAGGAGGGGGUGGAGGGGGGCCGAUGUUCACCCCUCUCAACUUGUUUUCAUUCAUUACACCUGGUUUAACAGGCUGCCAAUAGUGAAUAGUGACAUCCACUGACAGGUAAUGCCAGGUUUACUUAUACUCUGUCACCAGUAACCUUCCCCUUCUUGUCUUUUUAUAGGUUAUAAGAUUAAUUUAAAAUAAAAAUAUAUGCAAUUGUUGAAAAUAACAUGGCUAAUGUGAAAAGAUGAAACCCUGCUGACUAGCGUGUUGGUUGUCAGCACAGUGUGCAGUAAAGACGAGGGGGAGAACAGCCCAUCUGUGCUUCUGUGGAAUUGUUUAAGAUCUUUAAAUCAUCAGUAUUCCCCGGGUGUGGGGAACAGAGGCCGUUCAUUUGCAACCUCAGAUGAGUGGAUUCUGGCAAAGGCGUAAACGUGUAAUGCGAAGUAAAAGAUCGCUACCGCUCGCAUAAAUGGCCUAAUUGGUAUUGAUUUUAUUUGCCCAAUUAAUUUCUUAAUUGUAGAUUGUGCUAGAGGACAAUGAUCAGUUAGGUAAGCCCCCCCUCCUCUAUUAUUUCCAGCUUGGAUCUCACCACCAGUACCCAGGACUACCACGGUCCUGAAAGUCUGGAAAUAUUUUCACCCUGGACAGGUUGUGACACAUGGGACUGAUGGCUCUCUGUCCCUGAAAAUUAGGAAUUUCUUCAAUCUUGAAAGCAUGAGAAAUAUUACAGAUCAAGAACAAUGUGUGCCACCUGUCAUUUACUAUGAAAUCGCGGGACGGUAGUUGCUUUAAUUAUGAGCUUGCAGACUUUCACAUGUAGCUCCGUACCAGGAGUUAGUGGUGACUGCCGUUUAUGGACAGGAGCGAGUGCACGGUCGUGGGGACGCAAAAUAUUUAUAAAGCGUCGCGUGUCAGAAAGUAUCAACCGUAGCAGUGAAAUAAUUUUGGAAAAGCCUGACGUUCAUCCUUUAAAGGGUGCUGAGAGUCGCAGAGCCCGUGUGGAGGGGCUGAGUGGCAGAUCGCUCGGCUGAACGGCGUCCGCUCCGUUUCGCGAGCUCUCCGUCUCGGAUGAGGGCGUUCGGGAGCCGCUGCGCGUUUAAGGGGUGAUUUUACUCUCGUCCCUCCGUUUGAAGACCGCGGUGGAGUAAAGCGGAGGCCCGCGCCUCUCUCUCCUCUCUGCAGAGAGGCUGCGGCUCACAUCCCAAUGAGCGAGCGCUUUUGAGAAGCUGGCUUUCCGGCGCGGGUACAGUGGGCCCUGAAGUCUAGCAGCCACGGCUCGCUCACCGCGUUUAAAACUCCCUCGCUCGCCCAGGUCAGCGACACCACGCCCAAAUCCUGCAAAUACUGCAAAUACUGCAGCGCUCUUUGCACGGGGCCCAGGGUAGCGGUUACCGCGCAGGGCCUGAUGGGAUACUCGGACCUCUGGAGGGAACGGGGAGCCGGCUUUCGCCGUUCCUCCUCUCCGCCUCUCUGUCACCACCGACGUCUCCGAAAGCUCUCAAACCCAACUGACCGCCGCUGGCGUCUCCGCCGCGCCGUGAAUCCCCUUCGGCUCCGCCUCUGGCCCGAGGCGCGCUUCCUUCUGAGCGCUCUCCGGGCCGCACGGCGAGCGCGUCCAGCCCCGCGUGCGCUCGCUGACUCCCUGGUGUCGGCACGCCGGCGUGACUGACAGCGCGGAGGGGAGACCCUGUUUAGCAGAGUCGGCUUCAGGGAGCCGUUAGGAGGAGCAAUUAAGCGAGGGGGAUGAAGGAGCACUCCGGGCCUCCUCUGGGAGGGGCCGCGCCUCCCCGAAUCUCCCCAAGCCCGCUUUUAAGGAUGCGACCCUGGGGAUCCCUGCCUUCUCCCCCACGCAUCAAGCACUUCUCCCACAAUCCUCUUCCACUUGCCCUGGAUUCAUUUUCUUCUUGUUUGAAGUCGUGAAGUUUGUUUUUAAAGUUGCAUAAGUUAUUAUGAGACAAAUUUGCGAGGAAAGAGAAACUUUAUUUUGUGGAAUUAUAUUUUCCUCAGCUGUGGGUGUAACACUAUUAGAAGGCCCUUGAUUUAAUCAUGGCUUUGUGUAGCUCUGAGUUACUGUAAAAGGAACGGUCAGGAUCCUGUGAAAAUACAGGCCAUAUUUCCUAGGCCCGAGGCUGACAAAAAUGAGGUCAUCCAGUUAUUUUCCAAAAUUUUAAGUGAAACUAAUUUUAUUUAUUAUUUAAAUUAUGUAUUUAUGUUUUACUUUCUUGCUCUAAAAUGGAGUCAGUCUUUCCUGUAGAAAUGCAUGUAUAAUUUUUCUGAAUCUUUGGUCUGGUUUACGUUUUAUUUUACAAUGCCAGGCCACUCGUUUGUGGUGCAAGGCUCUGAAAAGAGUUUUUGGAUCAGAUGUUUCUGCCCAGACGAGUUCCUAAAGAAAUUACAAUCGGAUAUGUGCGAAGCUGUUUUCAAUAUGGUGGUUUGAGACCGGUGUUGGGUAGCCUUCCUGUCAAGUGUCAGUCUGUGGAGACCUGCAGUGUAUGUGUGUGUGUGUGUUUCAUUUUUAAUGGCAAGAAUGCUAGGUUUACAUGUGUGUAGGAAAGGGUGGGUUCUCGUUGAUCUAAUGAAUGAGAAGUACCUCUUUGCUAUGUAAUCUUUGCACAUUUUGGGUGGCAUUUACAGAACUGUUUAAUAAACUGGUUGAGGAAGAUAUGAUUAUGACUCAGUGUUAAAGUGUUUCUGUGAAGCCACAGUGAGAUUUGACAUUAAUGCAGGGGACAGGGAUAGGGAUGAGGACAGAGACCUUCAAGCAGUGCUUUUAAAUCCUUGUCCUGGAGAUGCACUGUGUGUGCUCUGGUUUCUGUUCCAGCUCAGAUUGUAGUUGAAGAUUAAGUUUGACAGUUACUUUUGUGAAGCUAUGCAUGAAAGACUGAGGUUGGGAGGGUGUUUGUGGCAUUGGAAUUAAGUAUUUUUAUAACACCAUUUUGUUCUUCUGUGCUCCAUAAAUAAUACACUAUUACUGAACAAAACUUUUUGAUCUACAGUUAUUCAUAUUGCCGGUAUAAGCAGUGACAGAUACUAACAAAACUAUCUCAGGUAAACCUUCAGCGACUGCAUCUUUCUAUUCGCAUAAACAUACAUAAUCACUUUUGUAUCCUGCCAUUUUCUUAGGAAAUAUUCUGAUCCUGUUCUAAUUGACUACUCUGGUAAAUGUUAACUGUCAAGCAAAUCAUGUAAUUAAUCGGUAAUUGCCAAAUCCAGCUAAUUAAAAAGUAUCUGAAAUAGGCAUGUGCAAUAUUAAGAUUCAUAUACUAUAGGCAUGCUGCAGUAUCUAUAUGCAUGGAAAGAUGUAUAUUAGGGUCACACCAUGUCACAAGAGUUUAUGUACUGUAUUUAGCUAAAACAGAAAAUGGUGAAAUUUCAUUUUUGAACAUCAAAUGGAACUUGAAAUAUUGAGUAAUUGCAAUUCCAUUUCCAUUCAUGCUGGAUAUAUUGUUCAAUAUGAAAAGAUAUUUACUCAGAUGUUAUAUGCAUAAC